AUGUUUACUUAUAAUGAACUGAGUUUUAAUUUGCAGGGUAGUCAAGCUCAAGCUUACAUAUUGGACGACAUCAUCGACUAUGUUAAAUACUUGCAGAAUCAACUAAAGGAACUAAGUGGAAGUAAAUUGCAAAGUGACUCAAAUGCUAUACCAUUAGUUUUUCAUGAGGGUUAUGGGUAUUAUAUAAAGGAUCAAAUGCUGAAUGAGCCACUUGAAGAGAUAAUGGGGAAACUAGUUGAAGAACAUUCAGCAGCAACAAGUCAGCUACUUGAAAGCAAAUGUCUUAUUCUACUGCCUAUUGCUUUGGUUGAAGAAUUGAACCAAGAUAGCUAG